AUGAAAUUGGAUCGUGACACAUCUGACAAUCCCCGAGCUAUGCUCGUUUCAACUGCCUUUGAUGGAAUAGGGUACAGGUCUUGGAGGAGAAGUGUAUUGAGGGGGUUGUUUGUCAAGAACAAUUCUAUGUCACCACAGUUUUGUCAAUGGGAGCGAUGUGAUAAUAUGGUAACGUCUUGGAUCCUAAAUUCACUUUCUAAGGAAAUUCCAUACAGUGUAGAAUAUGCGAAUGCUGCUGCUGAGCUUUGGAAGGAAUUUGAGGAUCGUUAUGAACAAACCAAUGGAGCUAGGAUUGCAAAGGAGAGUAUGUACAAAGCUGAGCAAGAUAGGAGACUGAUACAAUUUCUUAUGGGAUUGAAUGAGGUUUACACUGUAGCUCGAGGUAGUAUACUUAUGAUGAACCCAUUGCCAAGCCUAGCACAGGCCUUUUCACUCCUAGUUCAGGAUGAGAAAUAA